AUGGCUCCUUACGAAGCUCUCUAUGGAAGACAGUGCCGUACUCCAUUGUGUUGGAAUGAAGUAGGAGAAAGAAAGCUCAUAGGCCCAGAGAUCGUACGGAUUACCACUGAAAAAGUUAAGUUGAUCAAGGAGAAACUCAGGACAGCUCAAAGUAGACAGAAGAGUUAUGCGGAUAACCGCAGGAAAGACUUGGAGUUUCAAAAAGGUUAUUGGGUAUUCUUGAAAUUGUCCCCUUGGAAGGGCGUUGUAAGAUUUGGAAAGCGGGGGAAACUCAGUCCUCGAUCUAUUGGGCCUUUUAUGAUUAAAGAGCGAGUUGGCCCAGUGGCUUACAAAUUAAUACUACCUCCGAGGUUAUCAAAGAUUCAUGAUGUCUUCCACGUGUCCCUGCUCCGCAAGUAUAUUGCUGAUCCUUCUCAUGUCUUAGAAGAACAGCCUAUUCGUUUGAAGGAGGACCUGACUUAUGAGGAGAAACCAAUCCAGAUACUCGAUAGAAGGGAGCAGGUCCUUAGAAACAAGACGAUACCUUUAGUUAAGGUACUAUGGAGUAAUCAUUUGGUGGAAGAAGCUACUUGGGAACCGGAAGACCUAAUGAGACGACAGUACCCCCAUCUGUUCUGA